CAAUGCCCGAUGUCUCGUGGGUACGUUUCGUGCAGCAAGUUUACGGCAUUUAGCCAGUAACGGCUAAAGUAACGGACACUCGGUGAGCUAAAACCGUUUAUUACCCUCAACCAAAUAAAAUGACCGAACAGUCAUCACUUCUUCUUAGAAAACAGCUAGCAGAGCUCAACAAAAACCCUGUUGAGGGCUUUUCGGCUGGUCUAAUCGAUGAUGACGAUAUCUAUCAGUGGGAGGUCCUCAUCAUCGGGCCACCAGACACGUUGUUCGAGGGUGGAUUUUUUAAAGCAAAUCUCACCUUUCCUCAUGACUACCCACUUCGACCCCCAAAGAUGAAAUUUAUUACAGAAAUUUGGCACCCAAAUGUGGCAAAGAACGGGGACGUGUGCAUCUCCAUCUUGCAUGAGCCUGGAGAGGACAAGUACGGAUACGAGAAGCCAGAGGAGCGUUGGCUACCAAUCCACACAGUCGAGACCAUUAUGAUCAGUGUCAUCUCCAUGCUGGCCGACCCGAACGGUGACUCACCUGCCAAUGUGGAUGCAGCUAAGGAGUGGCGAGAGGAUCCCAGCGGGGACUUUAAGAGGAAGGUAGCCCGCUGUGUGAGGAAAAGCCAGGAGAUGGCCUUUGACUAGGCCCAUCUGUGACCGCAGCACUCGCUUAAAUGGUAAUUUUUCUACAUAGCAUCUAUCUGCUUUGAACUCUGAACUGUGGAGUGCCAAUUGGUGAAGUAUCCAAGUUUUGCAGUGCCAGGGGCUAUUUUAAUCCUGACCUAGGCUCAGUUCCAGCUGUGUCAAGUUCCCUACGGACAUCUGGAUUGCCUGCACGUUUCACUGCUGUGGAAACUGAUUGCUUCAAAAUUCUACAAGAUGGAAAAUUAGCAUCCAAAAAUACUUGCCCUGCAGUAUAUCUUUGACCCCAGCACAUCCAUCCUUUACACUUUACGCCUUUAACUAGCAGAGAUGUUAUUAAAAAUGUCUCAGAUUUAAAGAGGCAGUAAUUGAUAUAAAUGUAUCAUUUUAACCCAGCAGUCACUGACUUUUUUUUUUGUUGUUGUUUUUGUUUUGUUUUGGGAACAUUGCAUUUAGCUCAGAAAGGUAGGGCUGAUGUUAUAUAUUGAGCAUCCAAACUGGCUGUCAGAUAUGUUGCUUGGAUAGUACCAACAAAGAGCAUUAGGAUAAAAAUGGAAAAACUGGUAAUCUAUCAGGGCAACCCAGUCCUCCCCACCUUUUGCGUGUAACCAUACAUAAUGAAGUGUGUCAUUAUCCCUUACUGCCAUCAAAAUAAAUUUUCCUCUGGCCCCACAUAGUUAUGAAACCCAGGGGAUGUACAUCUGUCACCAUCUACUGUUGCACCAUUUUUUUGAUAAUAGGGAGAUGGAAGUCAAUCCAGCCAUUUUAAGCAAGAGGAUUUCCUUUGUGUGAGAAUAUGAUCAUGUUUUGAAAUGAGCUGAUUUCCCUAAAUCCCGUGUGUGUGUGUGUGUGUGUGUGUGUGUGUGUGUGUGUGUGACAGACUUAUUUAUUGUCUGGAGUGUGAUGAAGCGUAAUGCAUUUUUGACUUGGUUUUAAUAACCUGCGUCUGAGCCAUCAACUCUGGAUAAGGUCUCUUAUGCAAUUUUGCAAUAUUCUGUGCAUUUGUUGUAAAAGAUUUUGAGAGUAACAUGCUGAUUCUCUCACAUGCUCUAAUUGCGGAUAUCCCUGUGCCCUGGGAAAAAUUCACCAGAAAUGUCUCUUGCCGAGGAAUCAGUACUCUCUGCUGCCUUAGUCUAUUUUACUGUAUGGAAGGGAGUUUGACUAAUUGAUGCCAUGUCUGUCAGAAUGCUUCUGUUCUUCAGCAAGAAUCUCUUACUUUUUUUGAGGAGAGGGGUGACAAACCAAAAAGUUACAUAUUUGCAUGAGAGAAUAUUUUUUUGUACAAAAUGCAAGCUCAAAUUUUUUUUGUGUGUAUGUAAAUGAUAUACCAUAGCUGUGUUUAAACAUAUCUUGUUUUGUGUUGGCCUGCACUUGCCUUAACCUCAUCCACUUAAUUUGUGGAUAGUUGGUGAAAAGACUAUUGGUGGUGCACUUCUCAAUCUCACUGCCCACCUAGGCUAGCUGUCUCCUCCUGCAGCCUAUGUAUUUAUUUGUUGGUUAUUUUUUUAUGUUUGCUCUCCUAUGCCAAGUUGUUUUGGUAUCUGUCCAUUAAACCAGUGUCUGUCUUAAGAUACAUACCUUCAAGUUUGUUGUGCAUGUCCGUCACCUGUCUUACGUUUUUGUGUAACAUUGGUUUAAUUAACCUUCUUAAGUGCAUAUCAGUAACCUGUUUUUAUUUGUGAGAAACAUUUCGGGGGGGUUCUUGCAAGUGUUGUUUUUUUGUUGCUAAACUUGAUUACAAAUAACCCAUUAAAAGCAAUAAGUGAAAAAGGUGCUACAUGUGGGAACUGAACAUUAAAAUGUUCACCUUUUAAAAGGUUA